GAUGGCCACGAUAUCUGUCAACGAGAAGUGAAACUUUUCCUUAAGAAUAGGAAUAUAGCCUGUCAAUUAACCUUUAUUUGGACUACUUUGCUCGAAUUGACAUCGACGCGGCUUUACCGGACACACAUUAUGAUGUCUUUCUGAAUUGUUAUUUCGUCCGACGCCGUUUUGUAUUGAAUAGCAACCCGCCUUGCUCAACUGCUCUCUUUUAAGUGAGCUAGCCGUCCUGCUAACCGCGGGGAGAUUCCUGUCUCCCGGAACAAUUUCGGGAAAAUAGUGUCACACUGUCGCGCUAAACGACGCGCUACACCUGGCACAGAUACGGUCACGUAAGUGAAGUGUUUCUGGCAGGAAGCGGGUUUAACGCGGAAGACGUUUUUAGGUCUAGCGCGUCCGUCUGUAUCUUUAGGUCACUCGCUUCCAGUUAAAGUUUGAUGUUUUUCCAUGAGCACUGUGCGGAGAGGACUUUGAUUUGCUUGUACCUUCUGUCCUAGCAAAUCAAUGGAGAAGCUUCAAGACCUCAGCCAGCCCGAGUUGCAGGAUUUGCUGGAUAACUCGGAGCGGGUGGAGUCUAUGGCACUGGAGUCUGAUGAGAUCCAGAACAUUCAGUUGGAGAGGGAAAUGGCUCUGGCUGCCAAUCGCAGUCUGGCCGAGCAAAACCUGGACAUGAAGCCCCGACUCGAAACAGAGAGGGCGCGACUGGUGGGAAAAUAUGCUGAACUAGAGGAAGUGAGGGAGAAAUACAAACAACACUGUGCCAUGAGAGACAGCAUCAUAGGGCAGGUGUCUCCGGAGGGGCUGUUGUCUCGUAUGCAGAUAGAGGGCGCCAACACAGAGGCAGAAUCAGAGGUUUUAGCAGAUGAGUUUCUCGAAGGUUCACUAUCGCUGGACUCCUUCCUCGAACGCUUCCUUUCCCUCCGCUCUCUCGCUCACACGAGACGAGUGCGCAUCGAAAAGCUGCAAGAAAUUCUCAGCCAAAAAAGCAAAGGUAUAGGAGAUGCUACAGUGACAUCCCAAACUGGUGCUAAUCAGGAUGCUGGAUCAUCAUCACAGUGGCAACAACCACAGCCUCAACAGCAGCAGAGCUCCAAAAUCAGUGCACCCUCCAAUGCCCACACUUCUGCUCUGCCCUACACCCCCUACCCCGUUGCUCCCCCCUCUGCCUCCACAGCGUGCACCCCUAACCCUAGCACAGCGUUUCAGCCCUACCCCAGCCAGGGUGCCCCCUUCCCUCCAUCGACAGGCUACACAGCUCCCAGGCCUGCGUUUGGUCCCCCCACUUGCCCAUACCCCACCCAACCACCAUUUCCUGCUCCACCAUUUGGGCAGUUUGGUCCCACGCCCGCCCCGUACCCCAGUCCAUACCCCUAUGGAGGAUACAGCUACCCCACAGGCCCCCAAGGCCCAUCAACCCAAUCACCCACAGCUAGACCGCUUUAUAGGCCAGGUUUUGGGGUACCACAGCCGUACUCCUGAGCCACUCUGUGUGUGUCUGUCUUUCUCUUUUUCUCAUGAUCCUCCCUCUCGUCUCUCUCCCACCUUUCUCCACCUGCUCUGCCUUUUCCUUACCCUCAGAUUUGUGGUUUGCGUACCCAUGUCACAUCCUGCACUUGUCUGAGGCGUAUAAAGACACUUGAGAUCGAGCGUGUGCUUGUUUCCCCCAUGAAACCUAAGUCAGAGACUCGAUACGGGCCGCCCAGUUUAAACGGCUCAGUUCCUCUCCAUUUUAAAGCAUGUUAUCAGUUUGCAAAAAAAAAUCUGAUUUAUUAUUAUAGUCAAUGAUGAAAUGCUUUUUUUUUUUUUUUUUUUUUUUUUUUUUUUUUUUUUUUUUUAUUCUGUCAAAAUCAUACUGAGACAAAUACGCCACACUACAUGGAAGCAUUACGUUAGCGUUAGGCUAAUCUCUAGUCUAUAUAAACACUUGUUGACAACAUCAAACCAGAAAGCACAGCACCAUUUCCAUGCCAUCACAGAUGAAAACUCCUUAAAAAAGCAGAACGUAUUCUUUUUCAUGAAUAAAUUUAGACAACUUCCACAUGUGCAGAUGUGGGUGUGGUGCGUCCUGUUAUGAAUGCUUUGUGUACCAAUGCACCAACCGAUCACUCCAAACCUUCUCGAUACAUCUUUUGCUCCCUCUUUUUUUUUCUCUCACACCCUUUCACUCCAUUUAUUUAAUGCACCUCUUGACAGUGAUUGGAAGGAAUAGACUAUUGCUGUAAGUUCUCUAGUGGGGACGGUGUACUUAAAUUAAACUGAUAUUAAAGGGAAACUGGUGAACAAGGGAUAUUAAUAUAGACAUAUCUAUCUGCUAUAGCACAGGAUUUGGUGGGGCAGUUGAGGCAUAACAUAGCACAGAGCAUAUGCAAAGAAAAUAGGCACUAUAUAACAUGCUUACUUUAGUAAAUAUAGCAUUCUUUUGUGGUAAAACUAUGCAGAUGAAUGCCUGGCUGCAUAUUUUACACUGAAUUUAGACACAGUGAGACAUUUGAUGGUCUUGUACAGCUAGCCGCCCAGUUUGUUUCAGUGGCAUAUUGUCCUCAGAAUCAUAACGUGGGUGGGAUUCGAUCCGGUUAACCAAUAGAAUGCUUCAUUUUGUGGUUUGAUUUGAGUCCACCUUCAGAUUCUGCCACAUGAAUACUCUCACUAGCCCACAGCUGUAGGCCCAUCCAUCCAAACGGCCUGUGCGUGUCAUUAUGUGGUGUUAUGUAGAUCCGUAAAAGCCCCACCUAUUUGAGGUCUCCUUGUCAGACAACCAGAGGACCAUGUGAUUCACACUAGCACUCCACACUAACCACCCCGAACUCUUUGGCAACAGGAGCUGGGAGCGGGGCCUUCGAACCAUCAGCUUUAGAAUAGGCGUGUGGGGUCUCUCUUUAUUUUUGUACUUUAAAGCAAUUAAAAACCAGAGGCGUCCUCAAUCAAGCCUCAGGUGGCUUUAUCUAAUUCAUGAACUCAGUAAUUAAGACUCAGGUUUGUAGCAAAACCCCCACGUUUAGGUUCCCUCCCCAGCACCUGGAGCGAGGGAGAGGGGUGAUACGACACGAGGAUGAGAGGAAAAAAAAUGGGAUGAAAAUUUUAUUAGCACAUUGAUUUGCAGCAUUAGAGGAAAAGAAAUUCUAUUGCAUUGGUUGUGAUGACUGUAGCCUGUUAAAAGUGUAUUUUUAUUUUUAUUGUCCUUUAUUUCGGGUGUGAAUAUUAAACACUGAAGUUGAUCUAUGA